UUCUUUCGCCGGCGAAGCUCAGCAGCGGUUUCAGUUCUAGGGUUUAAACGUUUAGUCUGUGAUCAAUAGGUCACCGUCAAUGGCGGAGGAAGCAGCUACGGAGCUCGCCCAGACCAACCCCCGCGCCGCCGAGGGAGCCACCGCCGAAGAUAUGGAGCUAGUGACAGCAGGCGAGCCAGAAGACGGCGCCGCUGGGUCGGAAACCAACGGAGUCGCGAAUGGCAAGCGAGCUCGGGAGGGAGAAGAAGAAGAAGAAGAAGAAGCAGGAGGAGGAGAGGAAGAGGGGGAAGGCGCCGCGAAGAAGCAGAAGGUGGAGAAGUCCGUGGAGGAGGAGCGGCUGGAGAAGGAAUGUGAUCGGGUCAAGCUCGGGGCGAAGGAGUUCGGUUCGCCUGUCGAGAUGUACGACUACUUCUUUAAUUUCCUCCACGCCUGGCCCCCGAACAUCGACGUGAACAAGUACGAGCACCUGAUGCUCCAGGAGCUGAUCAAGAAGGGUCACUCAGAACCAGAAAAGAAGAUCGGCCCUGGGAUUGAGGCUUUCCAAGUCCGAUACCAUCCCGUGUUCAAGAGCCGGUGCUUCUUUCUCAUCAGGGAAGAUGAGUCCGUGGAUGACUUCAGCUUCAGAAAGUGCGUGGAUCACAUAGUUCCGCUGCCCGAGGACAUGAAGGCAAAGCCUGGCCCCAACAGGGCACUGGGCGGCGGGAAAGGGAGAGGUGGAGGCGGCCGCGGCCGUGGCCGUGGACGAGGCGGUAAAGGAAGAUCUUGAGCUCGUUCAGUCGAGCCAUUUAAGAGUGUCCCGUUACUAAGUACACUUUGUUUAAUUAAAUCUCAAUUAUUUUUCUUCAUGACUGCGUAAGUCUCGAGAAUUAAAACAUAGCGCGAUUUGUAUUGAUGGAUUUAUGUUGAGCCCACAAAGAUAUUGCAUGGAAUUAAGGCCUGAUGAUCCAAUACCCGAAGAAAGUAGCCCUUGUGAGUUGUGGCCCAAAAUUAUGGGAAA